GCCAACAUAGACACAGCGUUCCAUUCCUCAUAAAAUGGAAACUAACUGAUUUGUAUUGAACAGUGUAUUGUUUGUUUGUAUUCCCUCAUGUUUUUCGCACAAUUGUUGGUUGACAAGCAUGCAGCGGUUGACUUUAAGGCGUAGGUUGUCGUAUAACACCGAUUCCAACAAGAGGAAGAAAGUCAAAACUCCGGGUGGCAAGGUUGUCUACAUCUAUGUAAAAAAACGUGGAACGUUUCCAAAAUGUGGCGAUUGCAAAAGUAAACUUUUCGGUAUCAAGCCGUCCAGACCGCGUGAAAGAACCUCAAUGAGUAAAAGGUUAAAGACUGUUAACAGGCCAUAUGGAGGUUCGCGCUGUCAUACUUGUGUCCGUAAUCGGAUCAUUCGUGCUUUCAUGAUGGAGGAACAAAAAGUCCUAAAACAACUCAUCAAGGAACAGAAAAGAAGAGAAAAGAAAGCCACUGCAGAACACAAAAAAUAAAUUAUUAAACAAAUUUCUUGGACGUCAGAGCACUUUUGAUAUGCUUUGUUGGUGUUGAUUGCGUGUUUUAAAUGGUUCAUUCAGUGCUAUAAACCUUAUACUCGUGAAAACUAAAUUUGAGUAUGCAAGUGCCAUGUGUUUCUUAUCGUUCUCGUAAUAAAUUUGAUCAUAUUAAACACAGGUCCCAGAACAGAGCGCUCUCACUUAAAUUAUGGGGUUAGAUGAACCUUGUUAUCAAGUAUUUUGUGUGCUCAGAUAAUCGAAAUUAGUCACUUAGUCGUAACAUCAUGGUACUAUGUAGUCCGUUCUCGAUUCCGGAUGUUCCACUCAGAUCAUGCAGUCUCAAACCACUCGAUCAUGUAUAUCAUACUGGUGUCAAGAAGACCGGUCUCUGUAGAUCCAUGAAUUGAUUGCAUCAUGAUGUAUUAGGGUUUCUCACCUCCGUACUGCAAGCGAUAAUAACAGACAUGAUUGUGGAUCUGAACAUAUAAUUGCUUCCUGUUAUCGCCUCAGGAUGUAAUCCGUCUUUUAAACCACACAUUACGGCUCGAAGUAAUUCAUUUUUGUCGGAUGGUCUUAAGAAACAUUGUUGGCUUGCGACGUGCAUCACCUACGUCUUGCGUUUGGAUACUAGUGUAAGUGCUACUGAUGGUAUGACAGGGCUAAUCCGUAUAUGGUGAAUUUCAAAGUGUCGGUCUAGGCAAACCCCAACGCUAUCUUAGAUGAAGAAGUUUGGUUAGUAUAGUUCUAUCUAGUGAUCACGGGAUGUACAACCUCGUUUCGAUCUGCCAUAGCUUAGUCACUUCGCGCAAGUAAUCCUGAACAUUGGCAAUCUGUCUAGCGAUAAUUCUGUCGAAACCACAUCCUCUCGAUGUCUUUAACAUCCGCAUGAUACAGUCUCAUUACUCUCCUAACGGACCACUAGAUGAAACUCCGAACAGAAGUCGAGGGCGAUUUCAGUUAUUAAUAGUGAUUUUAAACCUGUUGUCGGUUAGAGUGCCGCAGCCUGAUAAAAUUAUGAAGACAAGCCAAAAAAUAGUGGUGAUAUCACAGGUGCUAGAAAACAAUAGUAGCUUUCUCUUAGCUAGAGCGGUUGGAUGGAGGUGGAUCCUACGAUAUCUCAGCUUGGCUAACUGGCGGUGGUGACUUUCUGCUAUAUACAAGCUCAUCCAAACGUCCAGCCCUAGCGAGCAUUAGCUUCAUGCAUAGGAAAAGACUAUCUCAGCGGAAAUUUGCAACGGGUGCGAACUAAGCACAAGUUACUAACAUAAGAGGUUCGGUAGGAGACUUGCCCCUUCUGAAGCACCGGUUUAACCCCUGAUUACGCUCUAAUGUGAAGAAGAGUUUCUCUACUUAUUUAAUGUAGAAGAGCCAAAGCAAAGAGAUCACUAACAUUUCUGUCCAAGAGAAGACUGUUGCAAAAACAACUAUUCAGGCAUUCAUCCCGUAAUAAAGACCUCACCACUUUAUAGGUUGGUAACGACUGCUCCGAAAUAUAUUAUUGCAGUCUCCGGGGUGCCCCUUAAUCAGCUAGAACUAUUCUUGGCAAGUAUGCGAAGAGAUUCCGUCCCUUGUCUUUCGUUGUUUCCCUGACCUAUGUCUUGUUUCGUGCCUGAUAUUACCUGUAUGCCCGAUUGGUUAGAGAUUAUUCUAGAUAGUUGUCUAGCUAACUGCUUGUGAAUCCUAUAAUCCACUGAAAAAAAAUUGUCUGUAGGGUUCGACAAGUGUAACCAUCACAUUAAUCUGAUGUGUGGCUGAAUUUCCAGUCAGUCAUCACAAAUUCCAGUACCUCGAUAAUUCCUCUAGGAACUACGUCUACAUCAACCCGCAUCCCCAUCACGAGUAUGUAUAACCUGUAUGCUAAUAUGAUAUUUCAGUCCAUAACAACGUAGAGCCUGUACAUCGGUCGAAGUUGGGGAAGACAAAGAGAGAAUGCACCUGCGCUAUUGCAGACGAUUUCGAGCAAUGUCAUUCAAAGUCUCUAAACAUUGGUUGCGAUAAUAAUGUAGGCUCCAAUCAGUAGUCCAUACCUGUUAACAUGGCCAAGUCCAGUUGUCAGUGACUUCAUGGAUUGAUUCAAUGUUUUAGUUUGACCACCCCUUGUUUUUUUCCAGCCUGCUCCUGCACCAGACAACAUCCCUCGACAGGGUAGGCAGUGGUGGGGCAUACGUAACACAUGUCCCAACCACUUUAGUUGGAGAACCACCCCAUCAAUCAAUUUUCCGUCUCAACCUAGUACUGCAUUCCUAACUCACUGUUUAAUCUGUGGUCCCGAAAUACAUGAGCAAUGCUUCGUGGACACCUAUAAUCAAAUACCACUAACCUGAGGAUGUUCUCUACUCAUAAUGACCAUCAGUACUGAUAUGACUUUCAGGAUAAGCAAAGCGGUCGAUGCAUGCAACUACAUCACUCCUUAUCACUAAUUCAGGCGACCAUACAAGCCAGUGUAGAAGUAUUAUUUUUUCAUUUGGAGAAAGAUAAUCGCAUCCCGAACAUGCAUUGUUUCUUAAGGUGGUCAGAAAACUACAUCGUCAGUGACUUCAAAUGCCCUGGUACGACCGAGAGUGAGGCGAGUCAGGUCUCUCGAAAUGCUCCCAAAUGACAACGUGCGUACAACCACUGCCAGGGAAGUCCUACCUCGUGACGGAGUUGUUGUCUAUGAAAUUGAGAAGACGAAAAGCGAAUGUUCGGCGAUUUAACCGGGUUGUUGGAUAUGAAAGAUCCACCUAGGGGGGUUGGAGAACCCUGAUUCUAAACCAAUGGUGUACAUGGGCUCCAGGAUCCUGAAGGAACAAAUGGCGUGUGAACCGAUCGCUGGUCAUCCGCUACCAUAGGACUGCAUCUCUCGACGUUGUUCCACUGCCUCGUGGAUUAAACCUUGAGGUCAAAGGCUCCGGGUGUGGCCCCCCAAGAAAACCGCCUACUUUGGUUUGGGCACCAGGGCAGUAUCCCAGCUUUAACAUAAAUGGAAUGAUUUAUGUGGCGCAUAUCUGUUCGGUGCUACCUUGUAGCAAUGUUUAUGUGUUCAAAUAAAUAAAACAUCUGUGAAUUUUGAGUCAACAAAUGAAUCUAGUAGAAGAUAAACCCCUGAGAAAUCAGAUCUCCUUAUGAAGUUAAAUAAAAGUGGAGAAGGCGGACAACCCUGACGAACACUACUUGAAGCAACCAGUUUCGACGGCACUUCGCCGUAAGCUCUGAGCCGACCAGUGGUGUUCCAGUAGGGCCUAUACUUCUUUGGUACACCUUUCAAUGACAGACGCUGCCAUAUAACCUCAUGAUCAACAGAGUCGAACGCUAUCUUAAUGUCAAACAAUAUAACUAUAGUAGGAUGUCCAAAAGUGUGCCUGUUCCCCAGGAUUUGCUGAAGAGUGAAUAUUCGUCCCAUACAUCCACGCCCAGGUCUGAUACCAGCCUGUUUUUCUUGGAUUUGCCGUAGUUAGACGUCGAAGUAUUAUUGAGGUUAAUAUUUUAGACACUGUGGUUGCCAGGUUUUUCUCUUGUAAACUGGGACGACCAGCGAUCGAGACCAGUCAGAUUAUGUCCAGUUCCCAUAUUUUAGCUGAGAUCCCACUUAGUCUAGACCACGAUCCUUAAAAAUUUCAGGGGUUGGUCUAUCAGGCUCUGCUGCUCUCCCUCGCUUUAGAUUACUUAUAAUCGUUUAAACCUCACUAAGGAUUGGAGGACUUACAUCAGGUUACUUGGAGAUAGUGGGUAGAUGAAGUGUGGGUAAAGGCUGGUUGAACUGUUGCUCAGCGUUUUUACCAUUGGUUCCAUCUCCGGGGGAGUUUCACCAACACCCUUUUCUUUGGUUGGUUUUAACAGCUGUCUACUGUUACCCGUCGCUGCUACCUUUUCCAUCUCUUGCUUUCGCUACCCAUCACUGCUCACAAUCAUCAUGUAAGCUUUUGAUCGACAUAUGUUCAGGCGGCCUCGGCUCUCCAUCGUGUGGUGAGUCAGAUGGAAUUAGUUUAUGGGCAUCUAUCAGUGCUGCAGACGCCUCUGAAAUCCACUAAUUUUCCUAACUUUUUAGUUUAAGUUACUAGAAGAUAUAACUGCUGUUUUCGCAGCUUACUGGAUAUCAUUUAACAGUUGGCUAGCUCAUCCUCUAGUUGUUCAUCAUUAGACAAAUAUGUGCUCGGACUAGAUGGUCUGAGUCUAAACAUUUGCUCCAGAAUGAGCGACAGUAUUCAGUCGAACACCUCCAACAAUUGGUAACGGUAAUGUGAUCGAUAAGUCGAUUGUGGAGGUCGCUACGUUAGAUGGUGUUUCUCCUUAUGUUUGGAGUUGAUGUCUGUCAGAAAAAGACGGCAAUCUGAGCCUCAUUCCAACAAAGGGUCACCAUUACUUAAGAUACUUAAUGUACAUUAAAUCUCACCAAUAAUACUAGCUGUCGGACGACCGACACUGAGGGUAGAUAUUUAGCUGCCAGCAACACAGAUGUUCUUAAGAAACAUAUUGAUUGAGAUAAUGUUUCUUAAAGUACUGUCACACUCCGGCAGUUCUUUGCACACAACUCCCUGUUUAUAGCUUAUAGCAAUGUCUAUCUCUAUACACCGUUUACAUAGAUCUGGUUGCUUUCCCAAUCACUCUGUUCCCAGUGAUAAGCGAUUUGGACCAGCAUAUGGUGUUUUAGGAACACUUACGCGUACUAAAACCGUACCGAUGUCUCGGACUAACUGCUUGGAUAUUUUGCGAUAUUGUUGAUUACGAACAUAUAUGUUGGCGGACCUCUGCAGUGUUAAUCGCGAAUCACUGUCGGCGUGUCCACGUUACGUGCAAAUAACAAGGGACGGAGUUACGCAAAGCGUUGAAUUUUUCAAAACUCAC